ACCAGGGCUGUGGGGGACACAGUGUGGAGUCGCGAUAGAUCCCUAAAUGCCCUGCCUCAAUUGCUCUCCCCCUAAGCCAAAUCCAUUGCUCCCGGCUCUGAUUGUGUGCGAAAUUUCGUCCCGCAAGUGGGUAUUUUGGUUCGUGGCUUGUCAGCAGCAGUAGCUACACCAAAAAAAACGAAAACAGAGGAAGAAAUGACGGUCCCGUCUUCGCGUCUUCCUCAGGAUCAAGCAGACGAGGAUGAGGGUCCAAUGUUCGUGAACAACGCUGAAGUAUUGCAUGAGUAUGAGGUCGAUGAGGAAGACUUGCCGGAGGCAGACGACGACGGAGACGACGAUGGAGACGGUGGAGACGAUGACCAUAAAGGGGAUCCAGAUGAUUUUGACAUGGACUUGGCAGGAGACGGCUUUCCAGAACAUGACGAUUCUGUUCACACCUUCACUGGUCACAAAGGACCUGUUUACUCAGUAGCUUGUAGUCCCACCGACACCGGCUUGGUCGCCACUGGGGGUGGAGACGACGUUACCUAUGUUUGGCGGGUUGGAGAUGCAGAGUCUCACAAGCAGCUUGGAGGUCACACGGAUUCAAUAGCUUCAUUAGCCUUCAGUCAUGAUGGUCAGUUGCUGGCCUCAGGAGGUCUGGAUGGUAUCGUUAAUAUAUGGGACAGCUCAACAGGAACACUGAAACAGAAAUUGGAAGGACCUGGCGAAGCCAUAGAGUGGGUGAAAUGGCAUCCAAGGGGGCAUGUAUUGCUGGCAGGAAGCGAAGAUGUGACAGCUUGGCUUUGGAAUGCCGACACUGCUGCUUGCAUGGCUGUGCUCUCUGGUCAUAGUGGUGCUGUCACUUGUGGUGAUUUCACCCCCGACGGCAAAACAAUUUGCACAGGUUCAGAAGAUGGAAGCUUCCGAGUCUGGAACCCGAAAUCUGGAGAGAGCACUCGAGUUGUUCAAGGUCAUCCGUUUCAUACCGAGGGGUUAACUUGCCUUGCUAUUUCCAAUGAUUCUACUAUCGCCCUCACUGGUUCAACAGAUAACAACGCAUGCAUUGUGAACAUUCAGACUGGGAGGGUCCAUGGGACCCUUGCGGAGCAUUCUAAAUCAGUUGAAAGCGUUGGAUUUUCAUCUGGGUUAAAUCUGGUUGCCACCGGUGCAAUGGACGGGAAGCUUAUAAUUUGGGACUUGCAAACUCUUCAAUCUCGAUGUACUUGUGAGCAUGAGGAUGGGUUGGUAAAAAUUCUAUGGUCUCCUGCAUCUCAAAUCGUAUACACAGCCUGUUUGGAUGGAAAAAUCAGAGCGUGGGAUGGGCGAACAGGAAAUUGUGAACGUACCUUCCAAGGUCACGGAGAUAGCAUUCUUGACCUUGCUAUAUCGAGGGACGGAAAUCUCAUUCUAUCAGGAUCUGAUGAUGGAACUGCACGAGUUUUUGAAUUUUGAGGUAUCGCGCCAUUAAUUUCAAUCAUUAUUCAAGUUGUCCCAGGUAUAUGGAGCAUAGUUGUACCCGCGGUGUUAGUGCAUAGAGUGUCUCGGACUACGUCAACGUCCACUGCUCUUAUUAUAUAGUGGAAAAAAUUUACAUGGUUUCUCGACAGAAUCUAACAUUGCACGUAAAUUUACGGUAGGUUUGUGCUAGGAUCUUAUCUUUUGUAAAUUCGCCACUUAUUAUAUUGCAGCUCUGGUGAAACGUAUGAGAAUAAUUAUUUUUCAAAUCCAGUACAUGCAUAAAUUAA